AUGCCGAAAAAGGAGUUCCCAAAUUUCCGAUUCUAUGACACAUUCUGGAUGACAGAGCUGGACUUCCAAGCACAUGGACAAAAUUUGCUGUGGAGGAUCGUGACAGAGAAUAGCGAGGUCAAAUGUCUGCAACGCAACCCCCUUUUCCCCAUGGAUCCAAUUACAAAUCCAAUGUUGUGCACCUUACCAUCACAGGGCGUCGACUACAAAGUGCUGGCCUCCACUGGUGUCGAAGUAACCCUAACCUUGAUCCGACAGCAUUGGGUGCAGUUACUUAUGGCCUUCGUGGCUUUAGCCGCGGGCUCGAUCGUGUUCAAGAAGACCAAGAAAAGAGACCCAAGUUAUCCCCCUGUUCUUCAAGGACGGCCUAUUUUCGGGAGAGCAGUUGACUUCAAAAAUGAUUCGAAGAAACUCCUCCUUGAGGGAUUCCAAAAGUACGGGUCGAGUCGCUCGAAGGCUUUUGGCAUUCCCCUCGCUUCUCUGACCCACUAUGUUCUGUCUCAGCCAGAGGAUCUCGAGAUGAUGCUCGACGAUAAUCCAUAUGAACUCAAGUUCAGUCUCAGAAAAUUCUUUGAAGCCAUCAAUGUGCCAAUUAUCCUCCGCAAGCAAAAUUUCGCAUCGAAUAUUAAUCCACUUGUACCAGCUGGCUCUGCAUCUAAAGCUUAUGAGAAUUUAAGCGACUACAUGGACCACUACAUCACGAGUGUCAGCGCCCGGUGCAUGGUUGGAGCCGACGCCUACACGCACCCCGAGUUGAUCGACAUGUUCUUGAAGUUUAACGUGGACGUUGACAAGACGAUGGGUUUAGCAUCCAUGCUACCGUCCUUCCUUAACUUCAUCGCCAAUAUCCCAAUCAGCCAGAGCUACGACAAAUUCCGCGACAUUCUCAUUCCGAUUAUUAAGAAGCGGCGACCAGCUCCAACACAUGGACAAGACGGCUUGAUGGACUUCAUGCCUUUCAUCCUAAAGGUGAUCGACGAUGAUACGAGAGCCUCGGACGUCAUAGCAAUCAUUGUCUGGAUCGGCCUCCGCAACCUCCAAAUCAGCGUGACUUCCACCCUCCUCGACAUCAUUAACGUCCCCGGCCUAGCCAUCAAAGUCGCUUCCUCUCUUUCCGGAGCCAGCGUCGCCAACCUCGACACGUUCGGCCUCGACGCCACGAAAGGUACCCCUGGUCCUUCCUCCGCAGCGGUCGCGACGCUGAGCUCGUUUUACUCGCACCGGCUGCCCGUGAACUACGGCGCCGACGCAGAGAAUUAUCAGGCAGAAAGAUUUGUGGAACACGAUCCGGACAUCGGAAGCACGCGGUUCAUCACAUGGGGACUUAAGGGUCCGCAUGCUUGUCCAGGCAGGUGGUUCACGCAGGAGGCGAUUUGCAUCAUGGUGAAGGCGUUGUUGGAGGAAUAUGAGUUUUCUCCGGAGAGCAUUAUUGCGGACGAGGAGAAGUAUAUCUAUCAUGCAGGAGUGGUCACGAGGAAGGAGGUUCCUAUAGUUGUGAGAAGAACAACACCCUGA